AUGGAGAUGCGGAUCACGACAGAUUCAUCCCCCGUGGCGUCCCGCUGCCAACUGAGCCAGCAUUCGGCAUUAUUUAUACAAUAUGUGGUUUCGGAAGGUGAAAUUGAAAUCAAACGAGGGACAUAUCCAUAUAUGGCAUUCAUAUACUAUCCGGAUGACUCCGUAGUUGACAAGAAUGGAGAGCGAAUUACUCGUGCUGGUAUCUUGGUGAAACUAGAUUGGUUAAUAACGUCAUCAUUGGAGACCGAUGUUCCUUUAGCAUUUCCAAAGAAAACUCUCGUGGCUAGACUUGGGAGUGUGGCGGUAGAUAAACAUUUCAAUAUUAACGAAGAUGAAGAUGAACAGGAGAGCGAAGUAAUACAGAUCAUUCGACCCUACAACUUUAGUGCAAUUGAAUGGUGGUAUUAUGAUAUAUCCCUAUUAAAAACUCUAGUACCAUUUAAUGUUACUUCGUCAGUCGCAAUUACGUCUAUUUCAUCAAAACCUACAUUCGCUGAAAAGGAAUGUGCCAUACUUGUAUAUGCGAGGAAAAAUACAAAUAUAACGGAAGACAGGUUCCUUAUCCAAAUUCCGGUAGACAUUGUUCCGCCGACAUUAGAACAUUGUGGAAGUCACUUUCGACAGAAUACGAUGAUUUGUGCCAUGGACAUCGAUGACAAGAAAAAUACAUCUUAUUCAAGAAAUUUCUGUCAUGGUAAUAGUGGUGGACCACUGCUAUGUGACAAUGAUGUGUACGGAUUGCAAACAUACAGUGAAGGUUGUCAAGAACCACAUCUAUAUCAACUAUUCUCUGGUUGGACCGAUUUUAUAUCAUGUGGCAUACAAGACAUUUGCGGUGAAAAACAAUGCGCUAAAGUAUGCACACUCAUAAACAAGGAUACAGAAAAAUAUUCGCAAAGCAUAAUUCCAUCUACUGCUUCUGGAAAAGAGUCUAAGUCAGAAUCUACCACAGUAGCAGUAGCUAGGUCGUAUGAAGCCGAAGAUAAUAUUAUACUGUCGGAAGAAAGCAGUCCUGAUAGGCCUACUGCAACUGCUACGAAGGAUGACGAGAUAACUACUUCAACGGUUUCAACUACUAAAGACCUGCCCGUUGAAAUCUCUUCAAAUUCCUCAUCUACAUCUGCACCUGAUAAAAGUAAUGAUGAUUCAGACACGAGAAGAUCUAAUGUGGAAGCUCAACAAGAACCAGUGAAGAAAAUUAAAAGUUCAUGCACAACUAUCCUACCAUUACCCUUCAUUCAAACCUUUGCGUUUAUAUGCACGAUAAUGACACUUAUUUAA